AUGGCGUUUGGCUACAAAAAAGUCCUCAUCAUCGGGGCCACCUCCGGGAUUGGCAAAACGCUCGCCGACAAAGUCGUCCAAAAUGGAUCGAAGCUCAUUGUAGCUGGUCGGAGAAAGGACAAUCUCAAUGAGAUCGUCCAGAAACACGGCAGCGAGCAGGUCUCUGCAAAGACAUUUGAUGUCACGCAGCUCGAGCAGAUCCCUCAAUUUGCCUCAGAGAUCAUCUCCGAUCACCCCGACCUGGACUGCAUCUUUGUAAACUCCGGCAUCCAACGACCCUUCGAUUUCUCGAAGCCGGAAACCGUCGAUCUCGACAUCUUCGAUCAGGAACUCAUCACGAACUAUACAUCCGCGGUCCGCAUAACCAAGGCAUUCCUCCCGCACCUGCAGAGCCAGAAGAGUCAAACAACAAUCGCAUUCACGACGUCCCAAAUGGCCCUCGUGCCUAUGAUGCGAUGCCCGAAUUACGGCGCUUCAAAGGCUGCUCUGCACCAUUUCAUUCUUGCUCUGCGGACUCAGCUGCAGGAUGGCCCUGGCAAUGUCAAGAUUUUGGAGAUCUACCCUCCUGCUGUGCAGACUGAGCUUCAUGAUGCCAAGCACCAGCCCGAUCUGAAGGAUGGACAUUUGAUUGGCAUGCCGCUGCAGGAAUUUGUUGAUGAGGUCUGGCGCCGGAUUGUGGAGGGCGAGGAUCAGAUCCCUAUUGGGUCUGCGAAGGACAUUUUCAAUGCUUUUGAGAAUAAGAGGCAGGAGCUGUACCACGAUAUGACGGAGCUGCUUUCUGGAUUGUUGAAGCAAUUUAUGAGGUAG